AGUGGGUGCAGUAACUACAUGUGUCUUCACGUGGAUGUUGUACUAUUGACGAAAUGGUACUGACAAGAAAAGGUAACGGAUCUAGUAGCCAAAAUGAAUCUGACUCCCAUAAUAUGGAGGAAGGUGGGAAAGAUAAGGACCCAGCGAGUUCUGAGCCAGCAUCUUCCAGAAGGUUGGUAAUUAAGAGUAACAUUGAUGGAGAUUCAUUAGCUGCCAGACCUGCGACUCCUGUGCGACGUUCCCGCAGGUUAUCAGGGGAUCCUGCAGAUUCAUUGGCUGCCAGACCUGCGACUCCUGUGCGACGUUCCCGCAGGUUAUCAGGGGAUCCUACAGAUUCAUUAGCUGUCAGACCUGCGACUCCUGUGCGACGUUCCCGCAGGUUAUCAGGGGAUCCUACAGAUUCAUUAGCUGUCAGACCUGCGACUCCUGUGCGGCGCUCCCGCAGGUUAUCGGGGGAUCAUGACCUUACCCAGACUCCAUCGAAGCGUUCAGGGCAAAUUUCAACUGAGAAUGAAGAAACACUUGCCCCAGAACCUCAAACAUCAAUCAAACAUACGAGGAGGGUUUCACUAGGCAGCCAAGAUGCACUUGAGGUUCAGACUCAAAUCAGACGUUCAAGAAGAUUAUCAACAAGUGGCUCAGGUCAUGAUUUGCAUACUGAUUGUCAAGAUAGUCCUAUAGUGCCAACUCCAGCAAGACGGUCCAGACGACACAGCAGUACUGGGAUUUCCGAGAGUGAGUGUUCCAGUAAAAUAUUUCCUGAAGGAAAAGAACCCAAAGAAUCUUUGCAAAUAAUUGAAGAAAGUGAUGAGCUAAUAGAUAAUGUUGGUAAUUCCUUAAUACUAAAGUCAGAAGAUACGGCGACUGUCACAGCGGAAUGUGAAAAUGUUUCCAAAUGUCAGAAAGUGGAAGAAACACUUACUGUAAAAUCAAGUUAUACUUUGUCAGUAAUUGAAGAAGUUGAAGAACUGGGUAUUGAAAAUAACUCUAAACCCUCAAAUUCCCAUUUAACAAAUGAGGACUCUGUUCUUGACUCUAAGAAUGAAUCAUUUCCUGCUGUACAUGGUAAAGAAACAAAAACGUCUAGCUUACUACUGCUGGAAGUGACCUCUGAUGAAGAAAAGUGCUGUAUGACCCCUAUGGGUUUAGCACUUCCCAAUGAAUGUAAUGAAGAAGAACUGGAAAUUGAUGUUGUUGGACUUGAUCAGGAAAUUGUUAAAGGUGAUUGCCCUGCUUUAGUGAUAGGUAAUGGUGAAAGUAUUUCGGUGAUUGGUGACGAGACAGUUUCAACAACUGUGAUGACUGAUGAAGAGGUUCUUAGUGGUACAAAUAAAUUAACACCCACAAAUUCAAAAGAGAUAUUGUGUAAAGACCGAGAGGUUUCCAGCACCACAAACAUAAAUGAUGCUCUUGAUGAUUGUGAAAAUUAUCAACCCACUGAGCAUAAAACCAAAAAGAUAAAGAUCAACAAUAAUACAGAAAUAUUAGAUGAAAAUUUGGAACUUGCAAAUAAGAUUGCUGAACUGAAAAAAACUCCUCGAGGACUACCAGUGUCAGGAAGAUGGUGGAAAAAGGAAAAGGAAAGAUUUAGAUCCAUUAAUAAGGAUGCAACAGGGAAAAAAUCAUGGGAAAAAAAGAUGAAAAUAAAACAAAAUCGCCAGAAUGUUAUGGCAAAAAGUGCAGCAAUACAAGCUGAGAAACAACGGAAAAAAGAUGAGCUACGAGAACGACGACGUCUUAACAAGAUCCGCAGAGAGGAAAAUGCCAAGAAAGCAGAAAUAGUGCAAGUGAUAAAAAAUCCAUUGAAGAUAAAGAAGAUGAAGCGGAAGCAGCUAAGAUACAUAGAGACGAGGGACACCUCAGAGAUUGUAAAGAAUUAGAAUAGGUGAUAAUUUUGCAGGUAUUUUAAGAUUCAUAUACUAUUCUACAGUAAAGUGUGGUAGAAUAAAAGUUAAUAUCAGGGAAAGAUACUUGGUAAAAUCAUUCUUCUUAUAAUUCCUGAAAGAUUUAUUGUACAUGUGCUGUUUGUUCUUUGUAAGAUAGGUGGGAAUGUGUGAAUUCAAAGUGUUAUCUGAUAUGCAGUGUCCAUGCAUCUCUGAAAAGAUACCUGUUGAAUGAAGGUUGGUGAAUGGAUUCUUCUUUCAGCCAUCCUACUUUAGUGGGUGAUGUGAAAAGACAGAACUACAAAUUAUGGGUUAAUAUUGUAUUAGAAAGUUUCUCAUCCAAGAUAUUUCAUAUUCAUCAAAGAUUAAGGAGUUUUGGGUUAUUUUACAUCACUCUACAUGGAACAAUAAAUGAGCGUUGUUUUUAAA